AUGUCGGACGACGGCGCAGCGGCGUGCUGUCCUCCCGCCGCCACGAAGAAGAAGGCGGCGAACAAGCUGGUGGUGGAGGAGCCGACCGACGACGACGUCAACAUCUGCAACCUCCACCCGACGACCAUGGAGAAGCUGUCCAUCUUCCGCGGCGACGUGGUCCUGCUCAAGGGGAAGCGGCGUCGCGACACGGUCUGCAUCGCCAUGGCCGACGAGGGGUGCGGGGAGCACGCGCUCGGCAUCAACCGGUCCGUCCGCUCCAACCUCCGGGUGCGCCUCGGCGACGUCGUGUCCGUGCACCCGUGCCGCGACGCCGCGUUCGGGGCCAAAGUGCACGUCCUGCCCCUCGACGACACCGUGGAGGGCCUCACGGGGGACCUCUUCGAGGCCUACCUGAGGCCGCACUUCCUCAACGCCUACCGCCCCGUCCGCAAGGGCGACCUCUUCCUCGUGCGCGGCGGCAUGCGCAGCGUGGAAUUCAAGGUGGUGGACAUCCACCCGCCCGCCGAGUACUGCAUUGUCGCCGACGACACGGAGGUCUUCUGCGACGGCGAGCCCGUGAAGCGGGAAGACGAGGAGAGGCUCGAUGGCGUGGGCUACGAUGACGUCGCUGUUCAAGUCGAUCGGGUGAAGCCGCCCAAGGGUAUCCUAUUGUACGGACCUCCAGGCUCCGGCAAAACUCUGAUCGCGCGGGCGGUGGCAAACGAAACCGGCGCCUUCUUCUUCUGCAUAAACGGCCCCGAGAUUAUGUCGAAGCUGGCCGGGGAGAGCGAGAGCAAUCUGCGAAAAGCAUUCCAGGAGGCGGAGAAGAACGCGCCGUCCAUCGUCUUCAUCGACGAGAUCGACUCCAUUGCGCCCAAGAGGGAAAAGACGCACGGCGAGGUGGAGAGGCGCAUCGUGUCCCAGCUGCUCACGCUCAUGGACGGGCUGAAAACACGCUCGCACGUCAUCGUCAUGGGCGCCACCAACCGCCCCAACAGUAUCGACCCUGCACUGCGACGGUUUGGUCGGUUCGACCGCGAGAUUGAUAUCGGCGUGCCAGACGAGGUCGGCCGCCUCGAGGUGCUGCGCGUGCACACUAAAAAUAUGAAGCUCGCCGAGGACGUCGACCUGGAGGCCGUGGCCAAGGAUACGCACGGCUACGUCGGCGCCGACCUGGCCGCGCUCUGCACCGAGGCCGCCCUUCAAUGUAUCAGGGAUAAGAUGGACGUUAUCGACCUCGAGGACGAGACGAUCGACGCGGAGAUCCUCAGCUCGAUGGCCAUCACGAACGACCACCUCAAGACCGCCCUCGCCGGCACCAACCCGUCGGCGUUGCGCGAGACCGUGGUUGAGGUGCCCAACGUCAGCUGGGCGGACAUCGGAGGCCUCGAGGGCGUCAAGCGGGGCUGCAGGAGACCGGGCGUGCUGUUCUACGGCCCGCCGGGCUGCGGCAAGACGCUGCUCGCCAAGGCGAUCGCCAACGAGUGCCAGGCCAACUUCAUCAGCGUCAAGGGGCCGGAGCUGCUGACCAUGUGGUUCGGCGAGAGCGAGGCCAACGUCCGAGACAUAUUCGACAAGGCGCGGCAGUCGGCGCCGUGCGUCCUCUUCUUCGACGAGCUGGAUUCCAUCGCCACGCAGAGGGGCAGCCACGUGGGCGACGCCGGCGGCGCGGUGGACAGGGUCCUCAACCAGCUUCUCACCGAGAUGGACGGCAUGAGCGCCAAGAAGACGGUGUUCAUCAUCGGCGCCACCAACCGGCCGGACAUCAUCGACCCGGCGCUGCUCCGGCCCGGCCGUCUCGACCAGCUCAUCUACAUUCCCCUGCCAGACGAGGCCUCGCGGCACCAGAUCUUCAAGGCCUGCCUCAGGAAGUCCCCCGUGGCCAAGAACGUCGACCUCGGCGCGCUGGCCAGGUUCACGGCGGGGUUCAGCGGCGCGGACAUCACGGAGAUCUGCCAGAGGGCGUGCAAGUACGCCAUCCGGGAGGACAUUGAGAAGGACAUCGAGCGAGAGAGGAAGGCCAAGGAGAAGCCAGGGGAUAUGGAGGUGGACUGCGCCGACGAGCCGGCGCAGAUCGUGGCCGCGCACUUCGAGGAGUCCAUGAGGCACGCACGGAGGAGCGUCAGCGAUGCUGACAUCCGAAAGUACCAGGCGUUCGCGCAGACGCUGCAGCAGUCGAGGGGAUUCGGCAGCGAGUUCCGCUUCCCCAAGCGGACCCAGCAGGCGGCAGAAGCAGAGGCGGCGGCCAAUGCCUACGCCGAGGAGGAUGAUCUUUACAGCUGA